CAUGAAUCCCGCUAGAGAGGGAGGGCUGACUAAGAGCGGGGACUCUCAGACUCACAGGUCGACACAUCUUUUCAUGCGGAGAAGCGGCGCCGUUAAACCACCAGUUUUUGGUUUCCCAAACCGACUCCGGCCCGGGCCUCCAGUCCGCGGUCUCGAGUUUGACAACGGCCGGUAGAGACGGACGCCCGUCGGCUCAACGCUGCCAGCCAAGCCCCUGUGCCCCACCAGCAUCAUGGGAGACAGCAGAGAUUCUCGGAGUCCAGACAGUUCGUCUGUUUCGUCCCCUCCUUCGGGCCAACGCUCACCAGCGCUGGUGCCCUCCGCUGCAGCUUCCAUGACCUCGCUGCCACCUAUCACCUCUGCUGGGGUCAACAGCCCUGUCAGUAGCAUUGGCUCCCCCUUUUCUGUGAUAAGCUCAUCUCUGGGCUCACCCUGCCUACCUGGUACCCCGUCAGUGGGUUAUGGCCCAAUAAGCAGCCCUCAGAUCAAUUCAACAGUGUCCAUGUCAGGGCUCCAUGCAGUGAGCAGCUCUGACGAUGUGAAACCUCCACUGGGUUUGAAGUCGCUGUCACCCCACAGUCCAGGUCCGAUGCUUUCCCAGAAACGUCUUUGUUCCAUCUGCGGAGACAGAUCCUCUGGUAAGCACUAUGGUGUCUAUAGCUGUGAGGGCUGCAAAGGCUUCUUCAAGAGAACUGUGCGGAAAGACCUGACUUACACCUGUCGGGACAAUAAAGACUGUACAGUGGAUAAAAGACAGAGGAACCGCUGCCAAUACUGCCGCUAUCAAAAGUGCCUGGCCAUGGGCAUGAAGAGAGAAGUGGCCAAGAUCAACGACAGAUCUGUUCAAGAGGAGAGGCAAAGGAACAAGGAACGAGAAGGCGAGGUGGAGUCCACCAGUGCUGUGAAUGAGGAAAUGCCAGUUGAGAAAAUUUUGGAAGCGGAAAUGGCUGUAGAACAAAAGACAGAGCUUCAUGCAGAUGGGAGCUCAGGUGGCAGCUCUCCCAACGAUCCUGUCACCAACAUCUGCCAGGCAGCAGACAAGCAGCUUUUUACCCUGGUGGAGUGGGCCAAGAGAAUCCCUCACUUCUCUGAGCUACCCCUGGAUGAUCAGGUCAUCCUACUGCGUGCAGGCUGGAAUGAACUCCUGAUUGCAUCAUUCUCCCAUCGGUCCAUCUCGGUGAAAGACGGGAUUUUGCUGGCCACUGGCCUGCAUGUCCACAGGAACAGUGCCCACAGUGCAGGUGUUGGAGCUAUCUUUGACAGGGCGAACAAUGCUGAGGUUGGGGCCAUAUUUGACAGGGUUUUGACAGAGCUUGUAAGCAAAAUGAGAGACAUGCAAAUGGACAAGACAGAGCUGGGCUGUCUUCGAGCAAUCAUCCUCUUCAACCCAGAUGCCAAGGGUUUGUCAAACCCCAGUGAGGUGGAGCUUCUGAGAGAGAGGGUAUAUGCAUCUCUUGAGGCUUACUGCAAACAGAAAUACCCUGAUCAGCAGGGCAGGUUUGCAAAGCUGCUCCUGCGACUCCCAGCACUUCGCUCCAUCGGCCUGAAGUGCUUGGAGCAUUUGUUCUUCUUCAAACUGAUUGGUGACACACCUAUUGACACCUUCCUGAUGGAGAUGCUGGAGGCGCCUCACCAGCUGACUUAAGGGAGCUGCAUCCAGUCUGGUCAGGAUCCCAUGAGCACCAGGACUAUCAACACAGCGGCCUGUGUUUGGUCGUUGGCUCCUCUUGUUGGGGCUCGCUCAACCUGCUGGUGUUGUUGUACCAGCUUUCACACACAAUAACACAUGUCCCUUGUGUCCAUGGAGAACCAUCUUCUCACAUACACACACACACACACACACACACACACACACACACACACACAUCGGUCACUGAAAUUCCCUACAAAAUUUGACAUGCAAAUGAAAUACAAUAAUACACAGAUAAAAUGGCUUGAAAUGAACUAUAUUAACUCUCACACACAGAAAUACACACAUGCAUGCAUUUUCACUAUCUUUUCCCGUUCUUGGUGUCCCCAAACAAGGGUGAUGACUCAAGGAAUAUACAGUAUCUCCUUUUCAUCCCAGAUUUACAGUAAAUGUCUUAAUUUUAAGUUAGGCUUCAGCUUUUACAUUUUCAUCUCACAGUGGGUUUGUGCUUCUGUGUAACUGGUAUUUUUCUCUUGUUUUUACUUGGGUUACUUGCAGUUAUUGCUAAUCACACCUCUAUAUUAUAUUCAUCACUAGCUAGUUAGUUAUUGUGUAUGAUUUUUGGCUUAAAAUCCAGUGCAAAGCAUAUAAAAUCAACUGUCCUCCAUCAAACAAAUUGACUUCUUAUUGUCAAGAUUUGUCCUAUGAAGGACAUGCGGCUACAGCUUCCCAGUUAAUUCUUUUACCUGGUGAAAAUUGAAAUAUUUUAUGUUCUUUUUUUAUGCUGAAACUUAUUUGAGUUUCUAUUUUCGAAGUACUGUACUCAUGAAAUGAGAGCUUUUUCUAAGGCAUUGAAAUCCAGGAAAAGGGUCUGGGAGUGCUUUGUUAAACAGACAAAUGUAGUCCCUCCCACCCCGAUGCGCACAGCGGGAUUUGUAAGACAAGAAGAAUGACUUGAAUCUUUUUUUUUAUUUUUAUUUUUUUCCCUAAGUUUAGAUUUGAUACUUUUUAAUGCUUUGGCAGAUGUAUGGUAUUUUUAACAGCUUGAGGCUCACAGGAAGUAAAGCAUCAUGCAAGGAAGGGUUUUGUUUUAGUUUUCCCAAAAAUCCUCCCUUUUCUGGUGGUCAUUAAUGCACUUUUGUGAGGUGUAACUGUAAAAGUUCAUCUCUCCCAGAAAUGACCAUCUUUUUCUUUUUUUAGACACAUAAGGUGAACUUGACGGUACUAAGUGUAGGGUUUUAUCUUUAUUGCACGGGGUUUUAAUCUUAUUACUUUUUGUUGAGGUUGGUAAAUAAUUGGAAGCUUCCUGUGCAGGUGAUAACCAGGCUGGAUUUUAAUACUACGUAUGUGGCCUGGCAACAGCUUGUUGGUUUGUUGUAACAUCAAGGAGAGGGUUAUUGACCGUGCAACAAAAUAAGAAAUGGUUCUCUGUUCUCUCUGAACAACCCUGACCAUAACUGGACAGGUUGAGUCAUGUGGCCUACUGCUUAAUGAGUCCUUUGAGUGAAUAAAGUCUGUUGAGGACUUUUCUUUUUUCUUUUUUAACAGUAGUGAUUGAGGUGUCCAUGGACUAUAAGCUUGAGAUGUUUGAGGGGCACUGUUCCACACCACUCUGCCCUCUCUAUACAGUUUUGUUUUUUCUUUUUUGUGUAGCACAAAAAAGAGCAACAGAGUUGGAAAACUAAUGUUACAGUGGUGGAAACAAAACAUUCAAUCUGGCCUGAAUCGAAUAUGAAAGCCCUCCUUUAGAAGAAGGUUGGCUGUGGAUGUUGAUUGGUCAACGGUGUGCUCACAUAUGAAUUGCAAAGAUAAUAUUGUUUGUCUUGAUGCUGUAAUGGAAUAAUGGAAUCCAUUAAUGUUAUAGGGUAUGAUAAAAAUCCUACACCUACUACCUGCAGCUUUGUAAACUUUAUUGAGUGUGUGUUGGCCUGAUGCUUGAGACUUUUCUUUUACAUUUAAAUAAUACCAAAAACAAGCAAGGACAUGAGUCUCAGAAACAAAGAGCUGCACACACAUAAGAGAGUGAUGCAUUUGGCUUGUGUAAGCAGAUUUUUUUUUUAAAGUCGUCUCCCAGCUAAUGAACUCAACAUCACACUGUUCUUGAGCCCAGAGCCAUAUCGCACCUCAUUGUUGCUUUUGCCAGUGCUUUCUGUUGUUCUUGGUAACUGGUUGGCCGGAUUUUGUUGACAAUGGCACUUGACAUUCACUGUGAUUGAAACAUGGGCAACUGAAACUCAGCGUUGCAUUGAAAAGUCAACAUGCAGCUAACACAUGACACGGACAAUAACAAACUAGGAGUUACAGCAUCUGCACAUGCUCUAAGGUGAGCAAUGCAGUGGCACACAGAGAUUUAAUUCUACGUUUCUUUGUAAAUUAUUUAAAAGUGUUGACAUUCUGAAGUAUAUUUAGCCUCCUUCAUAGACGCCACAGUCAGCGAACAUUAGAAGAAAAUAUUCUGCAGUAUCGUAUUACAGGGAAGAGGAGUGACGGACCUCUACCAGGUGCUAAAUCAUUGAUGUGGUCUUUUAGUUGAAGAUUUGCACAUUGACAUCAAUGCAAACAGUAUGCAAAUACAUAGUCAAAUUAGACAGGAAUUCUUCACACUUAAUUACAGUGUAGCGUUCUUUUAUUAAAUUUGUCUCAUUGUUUGAUGAUCCCCAUUACCACAUUCAUCUGUAUGGUGGUUAAGACCUUGCACUCUAUCCCCACACCGCAGAUUUGGUAGUUUUCUCUUUUUUUUUUUUUUAAAUUCAGUUAUCCAAAAGAGCAACGGGCAUCCUGCUCAGCAGAAAGUCCAAACACUUCUCGCAGAGAAUCCUUGGCCCUCCCCCAUGUGAUGUGGAUGCAGAGGCUGGCAGUUGACCUGUGAGACAGGUGUGUUUUUGUAAACGUGAAAAAGUUGAUAAAGCCUUACAGUUUUGCAUGCAUACGUGUGGCCAAUUCACCAGCAAAGGUUCCUGGUGUCUGUUAUAUGUAGAUGGACGUCGGCCCCACGUGCAUUGCUGCUGACUCAUGAUUUUUUGUUUUUUUGCUAAAAGAUAAGCAGACUGGUGGCCAGCUUAUGAUGGGGCUGAGAAACACCAACAUCUGUAGGCAGCCUUCGGCUGUAAGGACUUUUAGAAAGUGCUGUAAUGACUUGGGUUGGUUCAGAUGAGCUAAGUGUUUCUGUGGCCACUGGGCUUUUAUAUCUGUGAUGUAGAUUAGACUUCUGACAUCCUGAAACAGUCAGGCUGAAGUAAUACAGUAAGUCUUUGAGUGAAACCCAAAAUUAGCUUUUUCCCCCACGUGUGUGUGCUUGCGUGAAUAAUCUCCUCUGGUUAGUUGGUAUCGCAGAAACUUUCUUUGCAGGAUUCUAGUUCUGGAUCUUCUUCUGGUGAAUGUUUGAGCCUGCUGCAACUGUGCCCUGUUUAUAACUCAGGAUGAGAGUUAGUGCAGCUGGACACAGACGAGCAAAUAAAGGAUACUUCACGCGGAGCGGACUGAGCAGAUAACUGCUUUUGGUUAUGACUCAUCAGAAAUGUUUAAAUAUGCAGCUUGUGUUUUCUAAUGGUAACUUGGUCAGACAAUUAUUUUGGAGAAUAUGUGCUAUGUCUCUGGCAUUUCUCUUUAUUUUAUCUCAGUUUGUUACACAGUAUUGAUUAGCAGAGAAAUCAGCAGAGAAAUUGCAGCUCUUACACCUCCAUAUAAGUUUUCCUACAGCAUUUCUGUUAGUUUUUUUGUUUUUUCAUUUUAUAAUAAGCUUAGCAUUAAAUGAUUAUAAACAUACAUUAAGCGAGCUCAUUAGUUAGCGCAGAAAAUUCUAUGUUUAAAGCCACUUCUUGCUUGCUGAGCAGGGUGACUUUUUUUAUCAAAAGCUGGAGAUUAGGUAUUAAAGUUUAUUUUAGCCUUUCGUUUGUCUGGCCAUGUGUAGGUUUUGAUUCACAUGUGCAUGGCAUUUCAGCAGCUAUGCCUUUUUAAGGGGCAGAAACUAACUGGCUGUGACAUGCUGAGCAUUAUUGAAUUAGUAUGUUGAGUAAAAUAACAGAAGGGCCAAGGAGGAGCAAUCACAUGGUAUGUUGAACUGACGUGUCCGUAACACAACCUGGCCUUCCUUCCAUUGUUUUGCCCCUUCUCCACUGCUUUACUGAAAACCUAAGAUCUUAUUAACUGGUCCACGAGGGCUCACACAUACUGGGCUUUGCAUUGGAAUUGGACUAGUGGAAUACACCUAUGAUUCUUGGACUGUUUGAGUAUGUGAAAUUUUUAUAUGGGACAAGUGUUUGAAAGCUAUAGAGAAGGGACUUGCUGCCACGUGUCCCUCUUUGCUAAUUUUACUUGACGGCAGAGCUGUGACGAUCCGCCGUCUCCACGGGAGACGGCUGAAUUGCGCCGCACUGCCCACAAAUAUUUGUUGUUGCAACAGUGUGCACUCGAGGCAGACGCAUGCUGUGACCUUUUGACUGUGGAGCAGUAUUGUUGUCGCCAUCUUUGUUACAUUUGGAAAUUUCUUGGAUUUUGAAUUUCUUUUGAAUUUUUUUUAAUUUUUUUUUUAAAGAUCACAUGCUAUGACUGAAGACUUGAUCAUCGUGUUUUAUCCCGACAUGAGAGCGGUGUUGUUGCGCAUCCCCAGGAUCCAAGGCCCAUCCUGUCAUAAUCAUUGUGUUUACAUGGACAUUAAUACUCAAACAUCAUAUUAAGGCAAUAUGCUGAAUAAUCCCCUUGCAGGCUGUGGCUCAGUGGCUGGAGUCGGUUACUUUCCAACCAGGGUCUCCUGAUGCAAGGGUUGUAUCAGUAAUGGCAAUCUACGUCAAAACCUGUGCCAAAUCAAUACCGCCUUGGUGAAACAGGGAAAAGCCCAAAGAAAUUACUUUAAAAUAUGUAACAUGCUACAUGGAGUAUGCCAAUCAUAGUCGUAUCAUUGAAGACAUCUAAUCACUUAACAUCAAAAUAUAAUCUCCUGUGGACAUCAAUGGCCCCCUCACAUGACAGUUGCAAAACGUUUGAGUGUAAAAGAUGGGUAAAUCUCAUUAAAAAUUAAAAAAAAAUAUUGAAUUGAAGCUUUUCCUUAAUAAAGAAGGAAAAAAAGACUCAACGUGGUAUCAUUAUGGCAACAAAUUCAUGUUUGUUGCAUGAACUUCUUGAGGAAAGGUUGAGCUCCCGGUUUGUGCACAACUGUAAUGAGAUCUGGCUAACAUUCAGACUAACAAAUGUCCAUUUGUUUUUGUUGCAAUAUGAAAUCGGUUUUCUAAAAGCAAUUCACGAAAACCCUUUAAUUGUAACAAUGCAGUAUUUAAAUGGUGAUUUUUGUCCAUGUAAACAUAACGACUGAGAACUAUUGUGUACUAUGCAGCCUCGACACCGCCACUCUCGUUGUUGCCGUUUGUUUUUUUUUAGUUUUGUUUUUUUUAAUCACUGCCAAGCUGUUUGCAGCCAUCUUAAAUGCAGGGACUCGCGUUCCAAGUGUUUUUCUGUUAUUAAAUGUUGUGAUAAUUGUGCAGCACAUGAAAGACGGCGUUCUAACCUUGGCCUGCGUAAAGCAUUUGAAACUGGGGCCCUAAUAGGAUCGGGCUGACGGCUCGUGUGGAGAGGGCAAGCCUGGUGUCUGGAGAGAAGUACCAGUACACCAGUGGACCAGAGCGGGGACCCCUCUGGUGCUCAAGCUUUGUAUUGGGGCUUUUUAUAGGGUCCCACAACCGGAUGACAAACGAACAUGAGUGAAACUGAAACAGGAAUGAUUCAACAGGGCUUUUUUAAGUCUUGUGUUGUACCGGAUCUCCUUCAGUCGCUUUUGGUUGACUAUUUUUGCAACCAGAUGUCAACUAUAGUCGAGGCCUUGCGCGACUGUGGCUGAAGAAAAUCUUCAGAUCUUUUAGCUCACGUGGAGAGAAGUCAGUUCUAACAGUAGUGACAAAGCCUCUACACUUAACGGCAACGGUGUGUCUGGAAGAGUCUGGAGGCAAAAAAAAAUAACCGAAUAGGAGGAAUUAACUGAUACACCUGCUUUUGUCUUUUUUAAGAAGGUGGAGUGCUGGUGUUUAUUGUAAGAGGGGCAAGUCAGAAGGGGCAAAAGGUAAUUAAAUAAAGAGGGCAGAGGCCUAAAUGACUUGGAUCACAUCUUAAGUUGUUGAUUUGAGAGGAAAAAAAACAGUCAAAUCUAUUUUUCUGUAGUUCUAAGAUCUUCCUAAAUUGUUUACUCUUCACUUGAAAAGCUUUCACACACCGUUUCUUUGUCUUGUUUCCUGUUGUCCUCUUUUCCAACUAUGCUAUUCACCUUUUCUUUAUUACAAAGUAUUAAACAAAUGCAAGAACUGAAAAAAUAAGAAUGGAAUCUGUCACUUUUGCGUUUAAUUUGUCUCUUUCUCUUGUGUCUGUACUUUGUCCUGUUUGUAUUCGACUCCAUCGUACACUUGGAGCUGAUUGACUAUUGUGUGCUUUGGGGAUUGAAAGAAGAAAAAAAAUAUGAAUUAUUUUCAGUCAUUAAUUUGAAUCUUGUUUCUGUUUGUUGUAUCAUGUCUAAGUAAACGUUUUAAUACUGUA